GGAAUAUAGCAAAUUUGUUUUUUAAGAAAUUGUUCGAUUUCUUCCUCUUCUAUCAAAAUCCAUCUUUUUAACAGUUUUUCUCAAAAGUACCUCACGACCUGAUCUGUUGCGGCUAUAGACGCAUGUAUAGGAAUGUAAUACAAAUGCAUCUUAAAGUAUUGGAAAAUAAACAGCUAAAGCUUCAACCGAGUUCACAACACUUCGAAUAAUCAGUUGCACCACGUUCAGGAAUAAGUUUUGAGCCCGGCUUGCAACAACCAGCCAUUGUCAUGUUUCGAAUUGACAAAGCAAGUGAAAAUGCUUGAUAUAUGUUUUUAAUUUUUUAUUUUAUUUUUUUAAAUAACUACCUAAUUUAAUGUAAUGUAUGACUUUUUGUUUCACGAGGGAACAUUUUAUGGAAUACGUACUUCCCCAGAUAAUUACAAGAUAUCCUUUCAACAGGCUCCAAUCUUAUGGACUGCUUCGCAGGCUGUUCUAGAAUCUCUUAAAACCGGAUCUCCAGAGUGUCCUACUCAGAUCAAAUGUCUUCAGAAUGAAAUAAGUGUUUUAGUAAAUGCUAUCUCUCCUCAUGAUCAGUUUGCUAGAACCGUUUUACGUUCAUUACCAACAGAAGCCUGGGAGCGCGGCAUAUUUUCGGAAGAAGCUCUCAAAAAGAGAUUCAGCCAAGUGGAAAAAAUAGCGAGAAAAGUAGACUUAGUCCCAGCUGAAGGAGCUUCAUUAGUAGUACACAUCUUGUCGUACCUUCAGGAUCUAUUCUUAAUAAAUCCAUCCCGUAUUCCUCAAGCUGAAUUAAAUGAUGAUGUAACUGAUUUUACUAAAAUGAAUUCUAGCGAAAUUCUAUAUAGAGCUAAGUUCUGGCUAGAUCACGGGAAUUUGUUGCAAACUUUAAAGUACAUGAACUUACUAAAAGGAGCACCUCGGUCAAUUGCCACGCAAUGGAUGUACGAAGCUAAAAUUCUUCUCGAGACUCAACAAGCAGUGAAAAUUUUAAUUGCAUAUGCGGCUUGCAGCGGUUUGAAUUUUUUAUAGCACAUAAAUAUUAUAUAUAUAUUUAAAAACAAAUUUUUAUUAUUUCAGACGGACUUUUUUAGGAGAGAAGUGAGGGGCUUCUAGGGCCCCCAGUUUUUUUCAAUUUGGCUUCGCCUCUAAUGCAAAUUACCUAAUUUAAUAUCGAUCAAACUUUCGUACAGAAAUGUUUGCUGUUUGAUCAAUUGCACUGCUACUGUGGUGUGUUUAGGGUGAUUAACAGGAUUUAACAAUAGUUAUUUUGCAAAAAAAGCUGUAAAAAUGGGUAAUACCGAGAGUAAUGUUACUAGUGGCGUCAAAAAACAGGCGGGAGCCGCCAUGCAGCCGAUAUAUAAACUUUGUGAUUUGAAAGGGGGCGGUCUGCUGGUGGAACUUAUGAAAAGGGCAGCCCAGAAUAAGCAGUACGCGGAAAUAGAUCACGCCAUCAAAACUAAGGUGGAACAUUUUCUGUACAAUAAAGGUGCCGGGCGUUAUAUCCCAAUAUCUCAAAUGGUGCUUUUAAGGAACAAGGAACGCGGGAAGCAUAAACUGCUGCCCCAACUUAGAGGAAUGGAAAAUCCUGAGGAUUUUGAAGUCGAUGAUGAAGGACCCGAAAUAACUGAAGAAGAGUACAAUAAAGAUCCAUCAUUAUAUCGGCAUGUUUGUUGGAAGCUGAGAGAAAGAGGAGCGGUUGGAGAAACAAUUUUACAUCUUUGUUUAUUGAAUGCCACUUCUCUACAUGCAGACAUCGCCAAGAGGCUAUUGAGGUUCUAUCCCAAAUUGAUCAACGAUAUUUACAUAUCAGAUGAAUACUAUGGUGAAAAUGUUCUACAUAUCGCCAUAGUUAACGAGGAUCCUUCCAUGGUAAAGUUUCUUCUUGCCGCAAAUGUGAACUUUCAGGAAAGAUGUUUCGGUAAUUUCAUGUGUCCAGAAGAUCAGAAAUCAUCGAGAACUGAUUCUCUAGAUCACGAAUGGGUGAAUGUUUAUCACGAAACAAAUUAUGAUGGAUAUGUGUACUGGGGUGAAUAUCCAUUGUCAUUUGCUGCAUGUUUAGGUCAAGAAGAAAGUUUUCGAUUAAUUUUGGCAAAGGGUGCCAAUUUAGAUGCACAAGACACUAAUGGAAACACUGUCCUGCAUUUAUUAGUUAUUUAUUCCAAAGUGGAAGCUUUCGAUAUGGCAUAUGAAUUAGGUGCUCACCUUUCAAUAAGGAACAUUCUGAAAAUGACACCUUUAACGCUGGCCGCCAAGCUAGCAAGAAUGGAUAUAUUUUUCCAUAUUUUAAAGCUAGAGAGGGAAAUAUACUGGCAGAUAGGAAGCAUUACAUGUGCCGCCUAUCCUCUAUCUCAGAUUGAUACGAUAGAUGUUAAGACUGGACAAAUCAGUAAAAUGUCAGCGCUGAAUCUGGUAGUAUUUGGUGAUAAAGAUGAACAUUUAGAACUGCUCGAUGGAGUAUUAGUUGAUCUAUUAAAUGCCAAGUGGAAUACGUUUGUGAAAUCUAAAUUUUACCGGCAAUUUUUUACUUUUGCGUUUUAUUUCACCGUAUCGCUUGUGGCAUUUACUUUAAGGCCGGGACCACCAAUUCAUACGGACUCUCCGAAAAACAGCACUAAUACUACCAAACAACUUAAAAUACCAAAUGCUACUAUCCAAAGUAUCAUUAUGAGUGUGAACAUAAGCCAACAAGUAUUGCACAAUUUACAUCAAGCCGUCAAUAAAGAUACCAGCAAUGAUGAUUAUGAUGUUGAGGAAUGGUGGGAUAAUUUACGAGAGGAAUGUCGAUUAAUGAAUUUAGACACGACUGAGUCACUAGUGAGAUUUACUGCUGAACUUGGAAUCACGUUUGGUGCAUUUCUUUAUUUGGCGGCCGCAGUAAGAGAAGCCCGAUUCUUGGGUUUAAGAAUGUUUUUCGAAAAUUUGAUGACUGCUCCUUCGAGAGUUAUGUUCUUGUUUUCCUGCAUUUUGGUUUUUGGAGUAAUUCCUAGCCUGCGCUUGGUAUGCAUGGAUGAAGUUGAAGAUAUAAUCGCAGUAGUAGUUAUGCUAACGACGGCUCCAUAUUUCCUAUUUUUCUGUAGAGGCUUUAAAACAGUAGGUCCGUUUGUGGUAAUGAUCUAUCGCAUGGUUCUAGGCGACUUGCUACGUUUCGCAACUAUAUACAUGGUUUUUGUCAUGGGAUUUUCUCAAGCAUACUACAUAAUUUUCUUGUCUUUUGAUAACCCAUUGACACCAGAAGACGUCGAUGACUCGGCUACGAAUCCAAUGUCAACUCCAUCCGAAUCCAUUAUGGCAAUGUUUUUAAUGUCCAUGACCAACUUCGGAGAUUAUUACACAGCAUUUGCUAGGACCGAGCACGAAUAUGAGGCUAAAAUUCUUUUCGUAAUAUUUAUGGCCAUUGUGGCAAUUUUGUUAAUUAAUAUGUUAAUCGCUAUGAUGGGUAACACAUACCAAAAGAUAGCGGAAACGCGUAACGAAUGGCAGCGACAGUGGGCUCGCAUUGUUUUGGUCGUAGAAAGAGGUGUUAGCCCACCUGAACGGCUCAAGCAAUUGAAUGUUUAUUCACAACCAAUGAGCGAUGGCAAAAGAGCUCUCGUUUUAAGGCUCAACCAGUCGGAAGAAGACAAGGAAGAAAUGAAAGACAUUUUAGAAAUUAAAAGGCGACAUGAUAGACAUAACAAAAUAAGAAAGGACAAGUUAGCGGGUAUCAAUACUGACCACACCCCAACUAUUAAAGUAGAAACGAAACCAGCAAAUACUUUUAUGAUAUAACUAUGUAACGUAAUAAGUUGCAAAGGGAAAUAAAAAAAAGCGCUUUGAAGUA